ACCGUGAUUGUCGUCCCCUCCGCUCCAAUCGUGUCGUCAGCUUAGACCGUCUUCAACCCGCAGUCAGACUUUGUUUAUCUUUUUGAAACUGUUUCGUCAGGCUCCUCUUCUCCUAAAUGUUUCAAAUAGCUGCUCUCAAAAGAGUGAAACGGAUUUACCUUCUGUUGGUCAUCGUUGUGUGUGUUGUUCUCAAUGUUGUUACUUUCUCACCGGAAAGUUGGCCUUCCUUGAAUGGCUUGCUGUGGACCCCACAGAUCGACUCGGUCAAUGACCCGUUCUUUACCUACGACUACGAGAGUCUAACCCUCUACGAAAAUGAUUCCUGGGUCAACUCGUUUCGUCUUGAUAGCGGAUCUCUAACCUUGGGUCAGAAGACACCCUUGUGUCCCAGACUACCACCAAGGUUAGUUGGGCACAUUAAACCAAACACCAGUGAAGUGACGAUUGAAGCUUUGGCCGCCAUGUUCCCGGAAGUGACGAAAGGUGGCAGACUCAGUCCUUCCGGAUGUCAGCCUCGCCAGAAAGUCGCCUUCGUGUUUCCCUACAGAAGGAGAUGGGGGCAUCUGAAAAUUGUCUUGAAAAAUUUGAUUCCAAUUCUGAUCAGGCAACAAGCGGAUGUUCAAUUUUUUGUCAUUGAACAGGCCGAAGGCUCAACAUUCAACAGAGGUGCCUUGCUUAACGUCGGGUUUCUGGAGGCCUUGAAGGUUCGCGACUUUGACUGUUUCAUCUUCCACGACGUCGACCUCAUCCCCCUCAGUGAUAAAAACCUGUACAGGUGUGGCGACAACCCCCGCCAUUUCGCUCUAGCCCUCAACAAGUACUCGUAUUCUAUUUACUACAAAGCUUACUUUGGUGGCGUCAUUGGUUUCUCUAAGGAACAAUUCCUGGACGUGAACGGCAACUCUAACGUCUACGUGGGUUGGGGAGGGGAGGAUGACGACUUGCUGGAAAGGUCCCUCAACAAAGGUUAUUACAUUAGCCGUUAUGGUCUAGGUAUCGCCAAGUACGAUAUGAUCAGUCACGGCCGUGAUAGAGGAAAUGAGAUGAACCCACACAGACUAGACGCCUUAAAGAACGCCAGAGAACGUCAAGACAUCGAAGGCCUCAACACCCUUACCUAUAAGGUGUUGACUAAAAAGGCGCAUCAGUUGUUUACCUGGAUCACCGUGGAAAUCAACAACCAGGUGUUAGUACAGUUGGAAAAAUUGUAUGGAAGCAACUCCAAAAAGAAAAGCAAGCUGAAAUCGUAG